CGCGAGCGCCAAACCCCGCCCAGGGCUCGUCCCUUGACUUGGGGCGCGCCUGCUCAGUUUCCCAACAGGGCGUGCUUUUUUUUUUAUGCCCCCUUCAGCACCACCGUUUCCGGGUCAGAGGUGAAGUUGCUUUACGCACGUGGUGCGGGGACAGGUCGCCUCGCUUCUCUGUAUUGCAAGGGGCGCGCGGCGGGAGCCAGCGGCGGCUCGAAAUAUAAAACAUGACAUCCCUCGCCCACCAGCUGAAACGACUCGCUCUCCCUCAGAAUGACCCCAGCCUUUUGUCUCGAAGUGAAGCAGCCUCCUUGCUGUUUGAUUGCAAGGAAGCUGCCAGUAUUGACAGAGACACCUUCUUUGCGAUAGGUUGCACUGGCCUAGAAGAGCUGAUGGGGAUUGAUCCUUCCUUUGAGAUGUUUCAUUCUACUUUGUUCAGUCUCACAUCAAAGGGUUUGGAGCGCAGUGUUCAGACUAAAGCAGUAAAUGAGCAGCUGGAUGAGAAUAUUUCAUCAUUCCUGAUUCAUCUGUCUCCUUACUUCAUGCUUAAACCAGCACAAAAGUGCCUGGAGUGGCUAAUUCACAGGUUUCAUAUCCAUCUUUACAACCAGGACAGUUUGAUUGGUUGUGUUUUGCCAUACCAUGAGACCAAAUUGUUUGUGAGAGUUAUCCAGCUGUUAAAAAUUGAAGACCCAACUCAUAAAUGGAAUUGGUUGCAUCCAAUUAAGAAACCAGGAGUCCCACUUGCUAGGGGUGCUUUGAUUACUCACUGCUACAAAGAUCUGGGUUUCAUGGAUUUCAUUUGCAGUCUGGUGACAAAAUCUGUAAAGACCUUUUCUGUUCAUCAUGGCAGCAUCUCUCAGUUGAGAGUCCUGUUUACUUUUUAUGCCUCCACCAUCGUGUCUGCUCUUGGGGCUGUAGAAAAGAUAACAGACACUAUAGUCUCCAAACUGCUUCCUUACAUACAAAAGGGUUUGAAAUCCUCUCUAGUGGAUUACAGAGCUGCAACCUACAUGAUCAUCUGCCAGUUGGCAGUGAAAGUGACAAUGGAGACUUCCUUGGUGCAGUCCUUGAUGUUACAGAUCAGCAAGAAUUUGACAAAAACACCUUCUGUAGCCAGGGAAGGGCUUGCCUGCCUGGUGGUUCUUCUUCAGAACCAAAAGGGAGAGGGUCUUGGGAAAAAGCCAUUUCGCUACCUGUGUAACAUUCCAGACCUGGUUAUUAUCCUGCAUGGCAUUUCAGCUGCCUAUGACGUCACUCCCCUUCUGCGUUACCUGCUGCCACACCUAGUUUGCUCCAUUAUUGACUCCGCUACUGGUUGGGAAAGUAAGGUACAGCACAUGGUUACCUGGCUUGACCAAAGGGGCACAGCAGAGAGGCAUGAGGAAUCUGAAGUGACAGAUAACCAUAUCUAUACGAGACAUCUAGAAGCCAUACUUACAAGUAUACCACUGGAAAAGGAUUUAGAUCGCUUAUUAGCCUGUAAAUUUCUUGAAGAGUUUAUUUCCUAUGGUGUGGAGAAUGAAUGUGAUUCUACCAAAAUGGAUCUGCUCAAUAAACAACUUCUUCCUCUCAUCAGACUUCUUGAAAGAAAAUAUCCUGAAACCUUCAGACUGAGCAAGUUUUCCCCAAUUGUUAUCUCUCUUCGCAUGAGUGGCAGUACAUUUCAGUUUCUGGCAGACUCUGAUACCUCUCUGGUACUUAGCCUGAAUCAUCCACAACCAGCAGUCAGGGUCUUGGCUGUUCAGCAUUUGAAGGAGAUCAUUGAAGCAUCAAAGGAGGGCUUUGACAAGUCCUUCAUAGAAGCAGCCAUUUUUGCACGACUUAUGGAUGACAACGUGGAGGUUGUUAUGGCUGCUCUCAGUGCCUUGGAGAUUUUCAAGAGACAAAUCAGUCCAGAAAUAACUGUUUCAAAUCUGUUGACUCUAUUUCAAAGACUAGAUCUUUCAAAGGACAGGAAGUGGUAUAAGGUUCUUGAGGGAGCAAUACACAUUUUAUUCAAAGAAGAGAUUCUGAAUGAGAAAGAAGAGCUAUUAAAUCAAGUAGUAAUGCAGUUGGUACCAUUUAUGGUAAUCACUAAUAAUAAUACAAAAUCUGCAGAAUGGAAAAUGGCAGUUUGUCUGUCAGAAUCUGGCCUCUGCUCCCUACAUCCUUUGUUGAAAGGCUGGCCAGAAGCUUUUGAAAAAGUGAUCAAAUCUGCAGACUUGAUGGAUUUUGUUGGUGUGGCCAACCAGAAUAUGAUCCUGCUGUUUUCUGAUAACAUAACUUCAGGGGAUCCUUCCUUAAUGUUACAGAUGGUGGAAGGUCUGAUACGUGUAGCUGAAAAUGAAUCUGACAGCGUGAGGCAGAAAGUAACUGCUCACGUAAUCAGCUUUGUGCUUGUCCAGUGCUGCUGUAAAUCACAAAUGGAAGAAAGUUAUUGGUCAUUGGCACUCAGAAUCUUCAGUCUUCUGGAGGGAAAAAUAAGAAAACUUGAUGGCAGUCAUUAUGCAGAAAUGGUUCCUGCAAAAUGGCCUAUCGAGUCAAUGCCUGGGGAGUUGGUGUCAGUUGAGUUGUUGAAUAAAUACAUAGAAAAGCUCAACGCUGGUCAGGCUGUUGAUGUAGAAGAUUCAGCCAUGCUCAUGCUUCUGUUGAAAAGCUUUGUUAGUGGCCUGAAGCCUCCUGUAUCCUUUCUGAAAGAUGAAACCUGGUGGAAUCCUGAAAAUUUGAAUGAACAGAGCAGAGAGUAUUUACACCUGUUGUUGUGGCUGUUUGACCUCAUUGUCAGUGGAGCCAGUGAGGGAGCUGAUGCUCUUCAGUUCAGAGCACUGCUGAGUCUUUUGUUCAAGGUACAUUUAGAGGAUUCAGAGGAUCUAUUCAAAUUCCUUUCAGUUUUAUGGACCUAUAACUAUAACCUCUCAAAUCAGCUAAACUACACAGUGAAUGCGAUGCUGCAGACUCAAGCUUUGUAUAUAGGGUGUGCAAUACUUACAUCACAGGCUGCUCAAAAGAUGAAACAGCUGGUAUCAGCCUCCUCCCCAGUGGUAAUAUCUUUGCUGAUUAACUUGGGGAGUCCUGUGAGUGAAGUGCGAAGGGCUGCUCUUAAUUGUCUUCAUUCCCUGAGUGGGACAAAGGAGUCUCCAUUUCAUCCCAUCCUUCAUAAUCUGGUACAAAAAGCAGAGGAGAUCAUAACUGAUCCUGUCUACGUGACCCAGAGUUUGGGAAGCUUGUUUGAGGAGCUGCAGACACAAAGUAAACAGAAAUCCCAGCAAAAGAAGCUGUUAGAAGCUUUAAAACAUGCACUCGAUUGUAUACAAGCCCCUGGUUGUCCAUCAUAUGUUGCAAGAAGUUUGAUGAAGAUUCUUCAGCAGGUCAAUGGUGAGAUGAUACUGUCUCACCUGUUGCCUGCAAUAGAUAGAUUGCUAGAGAAAGUGCUAAAGGAACCUGAGACAGUAUUGAAAGAUGAAGUUGUUCUUCUGCAUCUCAUCCUUGGGAAAUACAAUGAACAUUCAGCUGCCCUCUUAUGCAAGGAUCAGCAGAGUCUGGAUUUGUUCAUCAGAAGUCUGCACAUUGCAAAGGAGCUUUACAAAGGAAUUCCAACUUUCCAGAUCACAGCACUUGGCCAGAUCACUAAACCAUUCUUUGCUGCAGUGCCAGGUGGGAAGGUGCAACAGAAACUACUGAGAGUUAUGUUUGAUUUACUGUUAAAUUGCAAAAACCCACUUUGUGCCCAGGCAAUUAGCAGUGUUUUUAAAGGGAUUUCAGUUGAUGCUGAGCAGAUUAGUGUAGAGCUAGACCCUCCUGAGAGAGACAAAGCUCUGGCUACCGUUCAGCAAACUAGAAGACAGAAAAUACAGCAGCAGAGAAAACCCCAAGUUCCAGAAUCAGUACCUGAAAUAAGCAGUGUGAACUGGCAGAGAGUUACACUCAUCCUGGAAUUACUGCAGCACAAGAAGAAGGUCAAGCGUCCUCAGGUGCUAGUACCUGCACUUUUUAAUCUGCUGGCCAGAUGCCUGGAAACUUCAACAACAGAACAGGAAAAUAUGGAAUAUACAAAGCAGCUAAUCCUAAGCUGUUUGCUAAACAUCUGUCAGAAACUGUCCCCAGAUGGCAGCAGGAUCCAGUCAGAUAUCCUUGAUAAAGAGAAAUUCAAUGUGGAACUGGUAGUUCAGUGUGUCAGGGUAUCAGAAAUGCCUCAGACACAUCACCACGCACUGCUACUGCUUGGUACUGCUGCCGGCAUGUUCCCUGACAAAGUUCUCCAUAACAUCAUGCCCAUUUUUACGUUCAUGGGGGCAAACGUCAUGCGUCUAGAUGAUACUUACAGCUUCCAAAUAAUUAAUAAGACGGUGAAGAUGGUUAUUCCUGCUCUUAUACAGGCUGAAGAAGGUGGCUCUCCAGAGGCUGCACAGGGUGUGGAGGAGGUGGUUAUUAAAAUCAUACACGUGUUUGUGGAUGCCUUGCCUCAUGUACCUGAGCACAGACGCCUGCCCAUCCUCGCUCAGCUGAUUGAUACGUUGGGAGGGGAACGAUUCCUCUGGGUUCUUUUGGUGCUCCUGUUUGAACAGCAUGUGACCAAAACAGUGACUGCAGCAACCAAUGGAGAAAAGGAUACUGUUUUGGAAACAGACAUUGAAUUUUGGAUUUCUAUUUGUUGUGCGUUUAGUGUUCAACAUCAAUUCCAGAGCUUGAUGAAAAUAAUCCAGUACUUAACAAAACUGCCAGAGAACAAAGAAGAUGAUCCUGGACCGAAAAAAUUAACAUGCAAGACGAAAACACAAGAUGAAGAAGUGCAGCUUUUUAAUGUGGAGUCUCACUCAGGCAAACAACUGCGACAUUUUAAAUUUUUAUCUGUCUCCUUCAUGGCACAGCUUUUGGCGUCUCAAAGUUUUGUGGAAAAGAUAGUCGAAUGUGAUGGAGCUGAAGAGCUACAGGAGCUAGAGCAGAGAUUAUUAGAAGAAGUUCUUCGCUACAUAAAUGUUGUGGCACACUCAGUGGAAGAAAAUGCAGACAAACCAACUGCAAAGUUUUGGAGGGCUCUGCUCAAUAAGUCUUACGAUAUGCUAGAUAAAGUCAAUGCCUUAUUGCCGACACAGACAUUUAUCCCUGUCAUUAGGGGACUGAUGACCAACCAGCUGCCUUCUGUGAGACGUAAAGCAAUGGAUCUCUUGAACAAUAAAUUGCAGCAGCGCACACGUUGGCAGAAGGCCCAAGUUCGGCAGCUCUUAGAACUAAUUCCAGAGCUAAUCGCUAUUGUACAGCGCAAAAUAAAUGAAGAGGAAGAGGAGCAAGCCAUCAACAGGCAAACUGCUUUGUUCAGCCUCAAAUUACUGUGCAAAUGUUUUGGCACAGACCAUCCAGAGCCUUUUGUGCCUGUUCUGAAAGCGACCGUUGACCUGAUUUCUUCAGAGAGGAAGGAAGAAAGGAAUGUGAUGGGAAGUGCUUUUCUAUGUAUAGCCGAGGUCACCUAUACACUGAAAGCACUAGCAGUACCUCUGCUUCCAAGGCUGAUGCCAGCGUUGCUGAAGACACUAAAACACAAAAAGGAGCUAGUCUCCAAUGAGAUUUACUUGCUCAGCGCAGUGACUGCGCUGCUGAAAGUUGUGGCAACACUAGCACACUUCCUUAGUCCCUAUCUGUUGGAUGCUUUGCUGCAGGUCGUUCGCUUGGAAAAGAUUGCAGUGGAAAUGGGCCCUUCAUCCCAGCUUAAUCUCCGUUUAUCAUCACUGAAAACUAUGUUAGCUACACAGCUUGGUCCCAGAGUUCUCUUGCCAGCCGUUACCAAGUGUUACAAUGAACUUGCAAAUGCUUGGAAGAACUGCUUGGGUCCCCUUAUGGACAUUCUUAAAGAGCACAUUGCAGUUAUGGAGAGAGACCAGCUCCUCUCCCAUCAGUCUGAGUUGACAGCAUUUUUCAUGAAAGCCCUGGACUUCAGAACAGAGCAUUCACAGGAUGAUCUGGAGGAAGUUGGUAGAACAGAGACUCAUAUUAUUAGCUGUUUAAUUAGCAUGGUCAUGAAGCUUUCGGAGGUUUCUUUUAGACCCCUCUUCUUCAAGUUAUAUGAUUGGUCCAAAUCAGAGGACACCUCAAAGGAUAGACUGUUGACAUUCUACCGGUUAGCCGAUUGCAUUGCAGACAAGCUCAAGGGUCUUUUCAGCCUGUUUGCUGGUAGUUUAGUGAAGCCUUUUGCUGACACCCUGAAUCAGAUUAACAUCUCCAAAACUGAUGAAGCUUUCUUUGACUCUGAGAACAGCACUGAAAAGAGCUGCUUAUUGCUGCAGUUCAUACUUGACUGUUUGCACAAAAUCUUCCUCUUUGAUACCCAGCGUUUUGUAAGCAAAGAGAGAGCAGAAACCUUGAUGGUGCCUCUAGUUGACCAGCUAGAAAACAUGCUUGGAGGAGAAGAGAACUUCCAGGAAAGAGUGACCAUGCACCUGAUUCCAUGUAUAGCUCAGUUUUCAAUUGCAGUGGCAGAUGAUUCUCUAUGGAAACCACUAAACUACCAGAUUCUGCUGAAGACAAGGCACACAUCACCUAAGGUCCGAUUUGCUGCUCUGCUUACCUUAGUAGAACUUGCAGGGAAACUAAAGGAGAACUACAUGGUGCUGUUGCCAGAAUCCAUCCCUUUCUUAGCUGAGUUAAUGGAAGAUGAAUGUGAAGAAGUAGAACACCAAUGCCAGAAGACAAUUCAACAACUGGAAGUUAUUUUAGGAGAACCACUCCACAGCUACUUCUAAGAAGCACCAUUACCUCUUUGUUGUAAAGUCUAAAUCAUGGGAUGUGAAUGUCUGUCUCACAUAAGAGCUAAUAUUGUCCCAAAGUUAUUAUGUCACUCCAAUUAAGAGUAACACCUUUUUUAUAGUCAAAUACUAAGAUCUUGCCUCUACACUGUUUAGGAUCAUGACAAUUUCCACAAUUAUUAAUAAAUUGAAAAUAUUA